UCCAAUAUUCCCUUGUAAGUCUCUUCUUCCAUGGAAGAAGAUGAUGUGAGAGAACUACAACUACUAAUCCCUGCACCCUCUUCAGCUCGUGUUCCCGGCGAGGCAUCAAGGUUUCCAGCGUCAACCAACCCUUCUGAUCAACCACCGCUUGAUCUGAACCUGUCGAUGUGUGUUGGACCGCGGAGGCCACCCUCAAACGAAGAGGCUAGGAGCAACAUGAGAAAUGCGCAAGCGCUUAAGCAACAAAGUGCAGAACAGAUCCGACUUGCCGCUGUAGACAAGGCUUAUGCUGAGCGAGUGAGGGAGCUGACAAGAAGAGAGUUGGAGCUGGCCGAAAAAGAGUUUGCACGAGCUAGGCUGGUGUGGGAGCGAGCCCGAGAAGAGGUGGAGAAGGUGGAGAGGAUGAAGGAGAUGGCCACCAGAGGGUUCAAUUCCACUUGCAUGGAGAUCACCUGCCAGGCUUGCCGGCAACGGUUUCGACCAUAGUAUGACUCUUAUAAGAAUUCUGCUCCAGGCUCUUCUUAUUUCCUGGUUUAUGAUCAUGAUCUAAUUAUUCUUCCAAUUAACUCUUCCAAGUUCAUAUCCCAAAAUUGAAAGCCAUGGGCAAGACAUAAAAA